AUGCAAGCAGAAUUCGAAUCGCUUGAGGACAAUAAGACUUGGACACUUGUUCGAGAACCGAAAGAUAGAAAAGUUUUACCUGGAAAAUGGGUAUACAAAGUCAAGUAUGGAGCAGAUGGUCAAAUUGAUAAGUACAAAGCUAGAUACGUAGCAAAAGGUUUUGCUCAAGUCGAAGGCUUGGACUUUUCCGAUACUUACACCCCUAAAUGCAAACCUGAGACUUUCAGAAUAUUGUUAGCAAUAGCAGCACAGAAAGAUCUACAUCUUAGUCAAAUGGAUGUAAAAUCAGCUUAUUUUCACUCAACAAUUGAAGAAAUUUAUCUUGAGCAACCCGAAGGUUUUGUCAAGCAAGGAGAAAACGGACAGAGACUAGUGUGCAAAUUAAAUAAAUCUAUCUAUGGUCUUAAGCAAGUAGCAAAGAAUUCGUAUGAAGCACUAGCAAACCUCCUCGUCAGCAAAGGUUAUCAGCGAAGUCGCAACGACUAUUGUCUCUUUGUAAGGAAAGAAACAGAUGGCACGUUUUCGUACGUACUUGUAUGGGUUGACGACAUCAUAGUAGCAGAAGUCAACGAUGAAAUCAUUGAUGCAAUCAAAUCGAUGCUAAAAGAGAAUUUCAAGAUGGACGAUCGAGACACUUUACACUGGUUCUUGGGAAUGCGAAUUUUAAGAUUGGAGAACAUGAUCACAAUAGAUUAA